AUCGGCUGUUUUGUUUUGUUUUGUUGUGCUGAACAUGAACAGUUAUUAUUGUUGUUUGUAUAUCGUCGGUGGACAACCUUUUCAACCGAAAAUCGUCGAACAAACUCCAAACCGAAUGUGAUUUAUAGUGGAAGUGGUCAAUUGUUGUCCUUUGUCAAGCAUAAUGUUCCGCAAUGUGUCCGACAACAGCAGUGGUUCAAAGUUCACCAAAACUAAAUAUUAUUCUCUACGACGUUCACCGCCAUCAACCGAAUCAUCUGUGCCAAAGUCUACCAACAAUCGUCUCAGUGAAUCAGUCGGCAAUUUUUUCAAAAAGAAAUUCCACUUCCGCAAGCCAUUACACUGGAAAUUGCCACUGAUCGACCACAUUUUCGAUGAACGUCAGAAGAACCAAACGGUGCCGGAACUGCUGUGGAUCAAGAGUGUGCUCAAUCACGUCAAAGACCAACUGAACGAUUAUCCAUUGGACACGUGGAGUAAAUACACAGCGAAACGUGAUCCGAGCAGCGCUAUUGCGUGGUACCUGCGAACCGAAGUGAAGGCGGAAUUUGUGACGAAGGCAUGGUGUAAAUUCUAUGAAUGCCUGAGCGCCUUUCCUAUUGUCAAAGUCGAUGCCCGAGGAGAAUUUAAUUCGGUGCAUCUGUGCGAAGCACCUGGCGCGUUCGUUGCUGCUCUCAAUCACUAUAUACAGCUCAACCAUCCAAAAUCGAAGUUUAACUGGUGCGCUACGACAUUGAACCCGUACUAUGAGGGCAAUUCGUUUGACAGUGCCGUUCUCGACGAUCGCUUCAUGCUCCGGACAUUCGACAAUUGGGAGUUUGGCGAAGAUUUCACCGGCAAUAUAACUAACAAGCGUAAUGUGGACCAACUGGUGGCACGGUGCCGAAGAAUGGGAAAAAUAAGUCUAGUCACGGCAGAUGGAUCCGUCGAUUGUAUAGAGUGCCCGGACGAUCAGGAGAACAAGGUCCAUUAUUUACAUUUUGCCGAGGUGGUAGCAGCACUUCAAAUACUGGAUAUGGGUGGAACGUUCGUGUUGAAAAUGUUCACGUUCUUCGAGUUGACCACCGUCAGUCUGCUGUAUUUCUUGGUCAAUGUUUUUGACAAAGUUGACAUCUUCAAGCCAGCCGCAUCGAAACACGGCAACUCGGAAGUGUAUGUCAUCUGUAACGGCUAUCAGCGAAUUUACAAACACAUCAGCUACGUCCUGGAAAUGGCAAAUCGGAUGACGCACGUCGAGGCUCCAAUGUUCGCCUUAGACAUGAUACCCAAAGACUUCAUCGAACAGGUCAACGAUUGUGCGAAAAUGUUUAUGCUCUGCCAGACGAAAGCGAUCCAGACGAACAUCUAUCAUUUCCAGAAGCCCGAAUGUGAUCAGCAACAGGUACUCGAUCUGCGGUACGAAAUACGAAAGGAAUAUUGCCGAGUGUAUCGCAUCAAAUCGAUUCCCGAACGAAUGAAACUAUUGUACGGCAAACCGUGUUCGGAUGCGGGCAACGUCUGUGGACCGGUGACCGCUGUUGCUGGAUCGUUCACUUCUCGUUUAAUGUUUAAGAAUCUCGCCAAGAACGACAAAAUGGUGGAACUGCGUGCACGACUGGAAGGCAUCGAGAAACGAUUUUGCUUUCAAAAUCGAAUCGAACCGGUGCCAUUAACACUGAACACUCGGCAUAAUGACAUCCUGAAACCGUUCUACGGACAACCCAUCCAACAAAUUGUCAGCAGUAAAUUUGUGUUCGAUCAAUGUCUGAAACUGUUGCUGGAAAUCAUGGAUGAUACCGAUGACAGUCUGAAUAACAAUGUGGACUGGACAUCCCGAAGCGAUUCGAUCAUUUCCGUAGAUUCAGCUAGUACGGAUCUCAUCAUAACCAUCGAUAUCAUCAGCUACGGAAAAGUACAAUUUUACGAUCGAUUCGAGAAGGACGUCUUCCACCAACUAGUCAACGCCAUCAAUUUGCAUUCACCGGACCGAAUUCGAAUUAAAAAUCUUCUGCUGAUGACCCACUUUACCGUGGGACUAAUCUAUGCUCUUGGCUGUGUCUAUGAGGAAAUUGUGCUGACGUCCGACGGUGAAAUUCGCUUGAAUGGGUUGCGCGCGAUGGGUAAAAAUUUUCUGAAUAAUAUUUUGAUGAACCGCAUCGAGUUCGUAUCAUCGAAUCCGAAUCGAUCCGUACUGAGUAUCGUGAAAGUGAUCUUUUUGCGCAACAGCAUUGGGUUUAACGACGCCGUCAUGAACUACAAUAAUCAAUUGUCGUUGAAAUAUGGGAAAAUGUUGUUGGAUAAGUGAUCGAGUGAUAAUUUAUUGUUUAUUUAAAAGAGAGAGAGAGA